AAGCGGACAUCAUAAUUCGCUAACCCCUUGCUUCGUUAAGCUGCAUUUUAUUUUUAUUCCUGCAUACAAAUACAAGAUAAAGUAAACCGAGGCUGCAUACAUGCUUGCUUUCGCUUUUAAAAACAAGGCAUCUUCUCGGCUGUUUGCGCUGUUGCCCAGGCGCGUGCCGACCCCCUUUGCACGUGAUGGACCGACGACACGCCACAUGACGGUCAUAUGAUAAGAAACGGGACCCGGGACGGACCGAGGGGUCGGAGAUUCCUGUCCUGGGAGGAGAGAGGCAGGAUCCGGGCGCCGGUGCGGGAGGAGGAAGCAUUCUGGGGAUCCUCCUCGUGAGUUAGUUAAUCGGUGUUACUGGGAGACAGUGCACCCUGAGAUACUACUUAUCUGUAUACAACGGCAGGACAGAGUCUGUCAAGUCGCAACAAUGACCACAGAGCGAUUGGAAAGGUACCGAGCAAGAAUCCAGGCAGAACUGGACCAAGUGGUGGCAUACUGGCUGAGACAUUCCCACGACAAAGCCUACGGGUACCAUAUGGAAGCCACAACACCCUCUUAGAGGGUAACUUAAAUGGGUUUUUCACAUGCCUUGCAAAGGACGGAAAGAUUUAUGACGAGCUGAAGUAUGUCUGGCUGCAGGGUAGACAGGUAUGGAUGUACUGUCGCCUGUACAGAACGAUGGACCGGUUUCACUUGCCUGAGAUUCUGGAAGCUGCUAAAUCAGGUGGGGAGUUCCUUCGGCGGUUUGCAUGGGUGCCCUCUGCUGGCAGCAUAGGGAAGUGUGCCUUCUGCCUGACCCGGGACGGACAGCCAGUGAAGGUGCAGAGGACCAUAUUCAGCGAGUGCUUUUAUGUCAUGGCGAUGGACGAGCUAUCCAGAGUUACUGGGGAUGAGGAGAUGCAGGCACAUGCUGAAAGCGUGAUGGACCAGUUGGUGCACUGGGUUCGUGUGGACCCAUCGGGCCUGGGCCGGCCCCGGCUCUCUGGCGACCAGCCUGUCAACAGCAUGGCCGUACCCAUGAUGCUCCUCUGCCUGGUGGAGCAGCUCGGCGAGGGCAGGGCAGGCGUGGCUGAGAAGUACAGUGAAGUUGGUUCCUGGUGCGUCCAGCAGAUCCUCCAGCACGUUCAGAGAGAUGGGAAUGCGAUUCUGGAGAAUGUUUCCACGGAUGGGAAGGAGCUGCCUGGUUGCCAGGGGCGACUGCAGAACCCAGGCCACGCCCUGGAAGCCGGCUGGUUCCUUCUCCAGUAUGCUGCUGGCCGAGGAGACCAGGAGCUGAAGAAGGUGGCAGUGGACAAAUUUCUGGAGUUGUCGUUCAAGGCUGGCUGGGACCCUGAACACAGAGGCCUGUUCUACUUCCUGGACGCAGAUGGACACUGUCCCACACAGCUGGAGUGGAGCAUGAAACUGUGGUGGCCGCACUGCGAGGCGCUCAUUGCCUUCCUCAUGGCCUACAGCCUGACCAAGGAGCCGGGCCUGCUGGACCGGUUCACGCAGGUGUACGACUACACCUUCAGCCACUUUCCUGAUGCGGAGCAUGGAGAGUGGUUUGGGUAUUUGGACCGACGUGGAUCAGUGGAGCUGGAUUUCAAAGGAGGCCCAUUUAAAGGGUUUUUCCACGUCCCACGGUGCCUGUUUCUUUGUGAGAAGCUGCUGGACACUCUCCUUGCUGACUAAGGUGUCACCAGCCCCACUCCGGUGUCCCUCUGCGAUGUGCGGCUGACAGAAAGAGUGUUAGAGCCCUCACAUGCAAGAGCUGAGCAUGGCUGUUCUGCAACGCACAUCAAAGGGCGACAGGAAACGGCUCGACAUUCCUGUGGCUGGCUGGGUAUUUUUAUUGUCACAUGAUUUUUUUUUUUCUUUCAUUUCAAGCUUUGCAAUGUGAAAACUAACCUAUUGAUCCAGGUAUUUACACCUCAGUAUUUUGGGUAAACAUAUCACAGCCUAUUAAAUCAUGGCAUUCACUUAGCAGUUUUCUAAAAUUACCUCAGCAAAAAAAAUUUUUGAAUCUGUCUAUGGAAUAAUUGUUUGUACGUCAUUCACAGGUUGAUUUCAUGCCCUUUUCCAUUUACUGCCAUUUUAGUUUCCUUAAGCUUAGACCUGACAGUAGACUGAUCCAUUUAUGCUGGGUUUGUCGUACAAUCCGGUUUUAAAGGGGAUGGUGAUGUAUGGUUAAAAGGAGACAGACUGAAUGAACUCAACCCUGGUCAGACGUACAAGCUCCAGUCGGCUUCUAGGUCUUAUUGCGGCAUGUAAACAUGCCCCUCAUCGGGCUUCCGAUGAACAGAAUGUGCACUACGCAUCUCGGAAAAGGGAGAUUUUCUGUUUUAAAAAAAAUGUUUACUGUUCCUUUCCCCAACUAAACCGAUAAUUUAAAGUUUGUUUCACCUCUUGCAAAAAACACUUAAUGUGCCAUGUAGUUUUGUUCUGUCUUUGUGCCGUCUUGAAUUCUUUUGACUGCAUAAUCACCAUCAAUGUCAGCUUAGAUUCAAACACAUUUAACACACUGUAACCUAUCAAUUGUUGCUCUUAAUAAAAAUGAAGUAAGGCUA